AUGCAUACACCAACUAAUUUUGACCAAACUGAUCACACCGGAACUCUCACCCGCUACGACAGCGCCAGCCCUUUAGCUGGUAUCCCAUCACGUAAUGAUAUUGUGGCAGAAUUCGAUAAUGGGAUGACCACUAUACUUCAACAAAGCCUAUCCGGCAAGCAACCCAUACAUUUCAUGCCUACUGAAGCAAAAGGUGGUCGUGAAUAUCACAGCAUCCGACCAUUCUUCGAUGUUGAAGUACCUGAAAACUAUUCCCCCUCUUCACUUAAGACCAUAUUAGCACGCAUUUUAUCAGUUACACUCAAAAAUACAACAAAAUUUGGGGUUGAGGAUAUUCGUGCUUUUCCACUUCAGGGUUAUUAUACAGAAAAGAAAGCAUAUAUCCGUAUAAGAACGUGGAACUACUUUGAUCGGUAUAAUGCCCUAAAAGCAGUUCGUGAAGUCGGCAUUCGUACAGUCUCAGAUGAUCUAAACUGCCAGUAUUAUUACUGCAAAGUAGCUCGUGAAGAACGAUUACCUCUUUCAAGCUGGGCCGUAUUAAGCAAUUAUUUAUACGAAUUCAUCCCAGAUGGCGAGGUGCCUAACGCAAAAUAUGAUGAAGACAGAGUGUUUAUGAUUUGUAUGACAGUGCAUUGGAAAGAUGAUCCCGAACCGUUAAAACAAAUCUCAUUCGCUUUAUGUUGGAAACUUCUAGCACCAGAUAUACACAUAGGAUUUAAAGAUUCUCAAUACGAUUGGAGGUUUAUUGUAGAGAAAGCUAAUAAAUUAGGAGUUCUCGAAUGGAUGUUCAAUCAUAUGUCAUUCAAGCCAUCGAGCCUGGAAAAAAUUAUAAAAUGGGAAUAUCGAUAUAAUAUGAUAAAAGUAAAUGAUAGAAAAUUCCAUUCGAAAAAUCUUAAAAUUCCGGGAUGUGUAGCUAUUGACGUCCGACCCUGUUUUAUGGGAAUUUAUUCUAAGGCUGAAAAGAGUAGUUUAGCAUUUUACCUAAAUGAAUGUGAGCUCGAAAGUAAAAUGGAUAUGCCUAUUCACCGCAUGAACAAAUAUUAUGAAAGGGCAUUAAAAAAGCCAGAUUACAUAGAGGUGGCAUCCAUAGCCUUCUUAUUAUUAUUUGAUGCACAUUAUUUUGCGGGAGGUAUGAAGGUUUGCAAUUUUUUAAGUGCUAGCGCAUGGCAAAGAGGGAUCCUAACCAGUAUGAUUUCAAGCCAACAAACAGAAACUGGAAAAUACCCUGGAGCCUAUGUUUUCCCACCAGUAAAGGGUCUCGAAAAUAGACGUCCUGUAACUGGUUUAGAUUUCGCAUCGUUAUAUCCGAAUCUUAUCAUAAUAUAUAACCUCUCACCCGACAAAAUCAUUUUAUCUCAAGAGCAUGCCAUAUCUCAUAACAAUAUUUCUGAAGAAAAAGGACUCUAUACUAGCGUAUUGGAAUAUUUAUCAGGUAAACGAAAUGAGAUGAAGAAGCGUCUUGCACCUUUGAAAGAGAAAAAGGAAGACAUGGAUUUGGUAAUAAGUUCAAUGGGUAAAAGUUUGUCAUUAUCAGAAGCCAUCGAGCAGAUCUUAGCGAAUGCAGAGGUAGAAAAACGUAACGGUCUUACUAAGAAUUUAUAUCAUUUUAUUCAUAAAGAAAAGCAUGAAUUCAUAGCAGAAUAUGAUUCUAUUUGUUUCGACUGUUCUUGUUUGAAUAAGAAACAAUAUGCUUUCAAGAUAUAUAUGAAUUCAUUCUAUGGUACGGCUGGAGAUAAUUUCGUUAAGAGAAAGGGAUUUGAGAUAAAAUAUGGUGAUACGAAUUCCUUGUAUUUAGUCUGUCCAGAAGAACGCUUCCAGAGGUGUGAUGAGGCUUAUGAUAGUGGCAACGGGAUCUCAAAAGAAGAAUAUUGGUCUCGAAUGGUAGAAAUCUCUAUGGUGAAAAUGGAAAAACUUCGUGAUGAAGUUAAUGACUUUCUCAAGGAAGAUAACGGAUCCCCUUAUCUUAAAAUGGCAUAUGAGGAAGUCUUAUUUCCGGUAGUAUUUACUGGAAAAAAAAAAUACUAUGGUAUCCCGCAUGAAAGCAAGCCGAACUUUAAUAAAAAGCUUUUCAUUCAGGGAGUUGAGGUUGUAAAGUGGGGGCAGUCUAAACACUUUCGUGGGAUGGAUCUUAAUGGGGUGAUUAAAACUGCUGUAUGGAAGCCUGAUAAGAAUAACAAGAGUGUCCAGCAUUUUAUUUCACAAAUGCGAGACAGACAUACUCGUGAAGAAGCAGAUGCCAAACGGCUCAUAAAAAGAGGGCUAACAUCUGAGCCUUAUCUUUAUGAAAUCCUAGAACCGGGUGAGCGUUUUGAGUAUGUUGUAGUUGAGAAUGAUUCAUCAGAUAAGGUCGGAAAUAAAAUGGAGUAUCCAGAAGUAGUGAGGCGAUUAGGUAAAAAGAUCAAUAUCAGCUAUUAUCUGAAAACCGUCGUCAGCCUUUGUGCACGAUUUAUUAACUAUGAUGAAAGUUUCCAGCCAUCAUCUGAAAUUGUGCUGGAGGCCUUAAAAAAGUUGAAAGAUGCUAAUAAAGCGGGUGAUAAUAAAGCGGAUGACGGUGGGGUGGAUGGAAAUGACCUGGAUGAAGACGAAGAAGAUGAAGACAAAAUGGAUGAAGAUGAGGUAUCAAAAAUAAGAGAUGCCUUAGCGCAGAAAUCGGCUGAAAAGUGGAUUAAGGGGUAUAUCAAAAGCCUACGUGAUGGUCCGAAAAAAGAUAAAACCAUCAUAUCUCAUUUAUGGGAAGGGGCACGCAUUUACGUGAAAAAAAUAUUUGAUACUACUUAUGCCGACAAGGGAGAACACCUAACUAACAAUGCUUAUUACCAAUCAUUCCUCAAUGCGCUAGAUAAGCAAGAAGAAUCCAUCCGCUUAAAACUUUCAUCAUUGCUUAAAGAAAUUUCAAAGGUUGAUAUAGAGUAUAGAGACAGUAUGUAUAAAUUAGUUACUAAGAAGCGAGCAAUGUCCUUAGAACAAUAUUUAAUAUCAUAUUAUUUGGAUGAGUGUAAGCUACUAGCAGAUUUCUGA